AUGAGCACUCCAACGACAGGAAGCCCAGAUAUGGAGGUGAAGGUGGUCUCCCAGGAGAUGGCAUUGUUAAGCAAUAUACUGGCAGCUUAUACCUUCAUUGCAGACCAACCCGAGAGGACAGCGCUGGUGUUCCUGGGUGGUGUGUGUGUUGGCCUUCUUGUCACACUCUGUGCCAUCGUCUUCCAGAUACACUGUCGAGCAGACUGUCACUACGGCAACAGUAAGCAUCAUCGCCAGCGCCACAGGAACAAACAUCACCGUAGAACGGGGCCUGCAGGGGACAGCGAAUCCGAGGACUGGGAUGAUACGUGUGACCUGUCUGCACGGAGACGCAGGCGCUUCGAGAGAGCUCUGCUGCAUGCCAGCAUGUUCACAUCAGCUGAAGAGCUGGACCGAGCUCAGCGGCUGGAAGAGCGGGAAAGGAUUCUCAGAGAAAUCUGGAUGAAUGGACAACCAGACAUCAGCACAGUCACUCAAAGCCUCAACAGAUAUUACUGA